AUGAAUCCUUGUGAAGAAGAAUACUUUCUCGAUCACCAGUCUAUCCACUCAAAAACACCCUUACAACCUUCAGAAUUCUUGCUGUCUGAUGAUUUGCGCAACUUCCGUCUUCUCCUCAAGUGGUGCGCUCUGGAUCACUCCUCGUCUUCUGGUAAAGCUGUGUCCUAUUUGGUGUUUGUAGUCUUUACCUUAAUAAUCCCCCUCAUAAGUUGCCUGUCCAUCAAAAGUCCUAAAACCCCACCUUCACCAGUUAUGGACACCAACUCAUUCAAUGUCUUUGUGCAAUUCCCAGAGUCUGGACUGGCCGUCAUCGGUUUCUUGACUUUACUAUGUUUCUUUAGGAUAUUUAGUCUCAGACAGCUUCUAUUUCUUGAUGAUUCUACCUUGGUGAAGCUUGGUUAUUCAUGUGAACUUGACAAGGCUUUCCGUUACCUGGCCUCCAUACUUUUACCUUCUUUCCUUGUGGAACUUGUGCAUAAGAGCAUAUUUUUCUCCUCAGCCGAAGUAUCAUUUCCUUUCAUGAAGUCAUCUUUUGCUGCAUUGAAGUUUGUGAUGUUCUUGCUCGUUUUACUUGCAUGGGCUUACCGGACAGGAGUAUUCUUGCUCGUGUGUGUCCUGUUCCGGUUGACCUGUGAGCUGCUGAUUCUGAGGUUCGGAGGGCUGCACAAGAUGUUCGAUAGAUGUGAAUCAGACACCAUAGAAGAUGUAUGUAAGGAGCACGUGAGGAUCAAGAAACAGUUGUCGGCUACAAGUCACAGGUACAGGUUCUUCAUCAUCGCGUCCUUUGUUGUGAUAAGUUCCAGUCAGUUUGUGGCCUUACUGAUGGUUUUUGCCUCAAAGUCUGACAAGAGUUUCCUCAACUCUGGUGAUUUGGUGGUAUGCUCUGCAGUUCAGCUCUGUGGAUUCUUCUUGUGCUUGUUGGGUGCUGCAAGAAUCACACACAGAGCUCAAGGAGUAGUGUGUAUUGCAACGAGGUGGCACAUGACUUUGACAUGCGCUUCUGAAGCCACCUUACCCGAGAGUAACACUGACUCAUCCGACAACACAUACAUCAAUGUCUCGCCGUCACUGGACUUAUCUUCCUUAUUCCAGGCUAGGCAAGCUCUAGUGGAAUACCUGCGACAUAACAACAAGGGGAUUACGCUGUAUGGAUAUGCACUCGAUAGAGGAUUGCUCCAUACACUCUUUGCAUUUGAGUUCUCUCUGGUGAUGUGGAUUCUGAGCAAGGUUGUGGUUCUAUCUUAG